UACGUUCUGAAAUAAGAAGAAAGGAAAAAAAACAAAUCUCUGUAACAAAUUGUGAAAGAAGAAAUGGGUUGUUUCCCUGUUACUCGACCCGAAAAUAAGGUGGGCGGUUGGAAAGUGGGUGGUGAAAAAGGGCACGUUCUCUUCUUGUGUACACCGUCACCUGACGAGAGAUACAACUGAAGGAAUUGAGCCAGUGAUGUACAGCUACACCCAGUGACCUCUUAUUCUACUUUUCACUUCCACUUGGACUACAUCGAAAGAGUCCCCCCCCCCCCUCCUCCCCCCUUUUCUAUUAUUUCUGAAUCAUCUUGGGCUUGUUUAGUUGGUCGACUUCUCGUGUACAGGUGACGAUCUUAAGUGAAAGUGACCGUUGACCAACCGGGACCCAAGAGGCUCUUUCACUGAGAUUCGCUUCACCCACCUACCACAAGAAUCCCUUUUGGCUGUAUGAUGUGUAUGGAAAAAUAGGAAAGCCCAACCUCUUCCACUCGUCUAUUGGUUGCGUAGUACACAAGACUACCACGACCACAUGUUAUUAUUCUUUCGGCGCUGCAGGACCGCCUCAACAAACCGAGACGGUGUGGGUCAGUCGGCCAGCAUAGGGUUCAGUGUGCCAUGGACUGCCAUUGAGACGACAAGUCUCUUACUUGUUUGCUCCCACAUUUUCUCGCACGCAUUCACGGGAUCCCCGACAAAAACUUUUGUGUUUUACCCGCAACUCCCGGUUCGUUCCGAUUCGUCACCUGCCGUUUUGGUUUCCCCCCUUGUUUUCUUUUGUUUUUUUCUCAAAUUGUUCAUUGGGAAGAAUUGGGAAUCUGCGAGUCUCCGCCGCACGCAUCCGCACAGGUCAACCAUGGCGUCGCCAGCCUUACACAGGUUGGCCACUGCAGCGCUAUUGUCGCUAGUUCUGCUAGCCGUUUUUCCGUCCGUCCGAUCCAUCGAGAUCAUCGACAGCGACGUUGCCGCACAGCAACAACAGUUUGCAUCGGCUUCCAUUUUCGUGCCAUCGAUCCUGCCAAUCAACGCGCCCGUCGCACCGUCAGACAACAGCUCGUCUGCCCAGCUACCGCUGACCAAUGAACAAGUGCGCUGGGCCGUCGAUUUAGCCAUUUCCCGCUUGGCCGGCACUGAAAUUUCACGUGUCUUCAACGGAAAGCUGGCCCAUCAUGUCAGCCCCGCCACUCGUGACAAGGCCGCCGCGGCGCUGGUCGCCGAAGAAGUCAUUCGCAUUCUAGCACAAAGUUGGUCGGUGAAUUCGUCCGACAUCCGUAAUCGUCUGGGUCGAACACAACUCACUGGAACACGCCUGGCUGAUUCCUGCCCAGAGAAAAAACAACACAUCUGCCAACCCCAAAAGUUUCGUCAUGCAAGUUCAUUAUGCAACAAUGUCCAGAACCCCACUUGGGGCAAUGCAGACACAAGUUAUGGUCGACUUCAGCCAGCAUCUUACAGCGAUGGUGUUAGUCAAAUAAGGUUGUCUGCUUCUGGCAAACCCCUCCCAAGUCCAGUCAAAAUCGCAGAGACUAUCCACACCCCAAAGAAAGUUGGAAAUGGCUACCUCACUACCUUGUCUGGCAUCUGGGCUGAAUUUGUCCAAAAUGACAUCUCACAUCCCAUCUCUUAUUUGGAUCUGGGAAUGGAAGGGCAAUGCUGUACUGGAACCGAAUCGAAUUUCGCCAUGUGCAUUUCUACUCACGAAGGAGAUAAGUGCACGUCGUAUUCUCGCACGAUUAGCAUACUUAACAACAGAUGCGAAUUAGGUGCUAGAGAACAAAUGAACGCAGCAACUGCCUUUUUAGACGCAUCGACCAUCUAUGGAAGCAACGAGGACAUUUCCAAUCAGUUGCGCACCUUCGAGAAUGGAUUGAUGAGGACAAGUUUCGGAGACCUACUCCCCGUCGACCACAGCUGCGAUUUUUUCAGCAACAACAGCACCAAUUGCGUGGAAUCGGGUGACGCCAGAGUCAAUGAAAGUCCCGCUUUGCUUGUCAUUCACACGCUCUUUGUUCGGCAACACAACCGACUUGCUGCUAAGCUGGCCCGUGUCAACACCAUGUGGGAUGAUGAAACGCUUUACCAAGAGACCAGACGAUUAGUCACUGCUCAAAUCCAACACGUCACUUACCGCGAAUUUUUGCCUGCUGUGCUGGGUGAAAACCUUGCGGAAAACCUGAAAUUGACACCGAAAUCCGCUGGUCAUUUCCUCGGCUACGACACCGACGCCUAUCCGGGCACGCUAGAAGCCGCCGCUUCGGCCGCUCUCUCUUUCUCGCUUGCCAUGCUGCCGGCCAAAUUUGAAACAUUCACUGUGACAGGAGACAAGACAGGUGAAAUGGCAACCAACGCCACUGGCCACCUCAACGCCCAGCAGACUGAAGAACUUCUUUACGGGUUGGUAAGCACCUUAUGUCGCCGCGUGAGCCUUCACGUCGUCAAGGAUGCCAGACGCUCCACCCUUCCAACCAGCAACGCAAUCGACAAAGUAGUCGAGAUCCUGAUGAGGGGUCGCGAUCACGGCCUGCCCGGCUACACUGCUUGGCGUCAAUAUUGCGGCCUGUCUCCCGUUAAGAACUUCAGUGAUUUGAGUGACAUUGUUUCUUCGUCCAAUAUCGUCCUCUUGGCCAGCGUCUACAGCAACGUUGAAGAUAUCGACUUAUUCACUGGUGGCCUCGCUGAGACCCCGCUCAAAGGUGCCGUUGUCGGACCGACUAUUGGCUGCAUAUUGGCACAUCAGUUUUCAUUGCUUAGAAAAUCCGAUCGCUUUUGGUAUGAAAAUGACGUGCCUCCUUCGUCUUUCUCUCGAGAGCAACUACAGGAAAUCCGAAAAACAAGCCUGGCCGGCAUUAUCUGUCGGAACUUUGAAAUGAUCAAAUCAAUGUCCCCUAAAGUUUUCCACGAGAGAGAUAACUUUUUGAAUUCGCCAAUCCCUUGUGAUCUUAUAGCCGACAUAGAGCUGAGCCCAUGGGCUAGCGAUUCACCGGCUAUGCAAGUACCAGAAGACUUGCUCCGCCAGUCAAUCCAACGUGCUAUGGUGGAUUUUGCUCGUCGCCGCGAGAACGAACGAUUGCUCUUCGAAACCAAUAAAGGGGCUGAUCCGAAAUCUCCGCUGGGCAUCGCCUCUGCUUUCAACAAACCCAGCGCAGCUGCCAUUUUCAUUUCAAACACAUCUCUGCUUCUGGAAUACGCGUCCGAGGAAUUCAUCAACCACCUGGAACAGCCAAAGUUCGGUCGUGUCAAGAGACAGUUGAACGGAUUGCUGGGCAAUUUGUUCGGACGGCUAACUCGCCCGCUGUCUCAAGGACUAAACAAUGUCGACGUCACACGUUUCGUCCAGCCGGCUACUGCGCCCAACGUCUGUCGGAACAAUGAAGAAACGCUACCGUGCGACAAUACGUCACCCUUCCGCAAAUUCGGCGGCUGGUGCAAUAACCUCCGCAAUCCGACAUUCGGCAAGACGCUGACACCGUUCAACAGGCUACUGGCUGCCGGCUAUGACGAUGGUAUUGCCCGGCCACGAUGGCGAUCAGUCACUAACCAACCGCUUCCAUCGCCUCGACUCAUUUCGGUCGUCGUUCAUCAGGAUGUCAGCAACAUGCACCGUCGCUAUACUAUGAUGCUCACCUAUUUCGGUCAAUUCCUCGAUCACGACGUGACAUUGACGCCCAUUUCACGGGGCUUCCAGGAUGCCAUUUUGAAUUGCCGCGAUUGCGAUUCGCCCACCAACGUCCAUCCCGAAUGCUGGCCCAUACCUAUCCCGAGCAACGAUCCGUUUUUCCCCAAAGUUAACUUGCAGACGGGACGGCCUGUGUGCAUGUCUUUCACGCGAUCUUUACCUGGCCAACAGCGACUUGGUGCCCGCGAGCAGAUUGAUAUGAACACGGCCUAUCUCGAUCUAUCCCACGUUUACGCGCAGACUCCGUGCGAAUCGCAACGACUGCGCGCUUUCACCGGUGGACGGAUGAACGUGACUCUCUCGCCCUUCCGUGGCAGAGAUUUAUUGCCUCAAACGAGCCGUCUAGCAGAAUGUCAAGCUGCUUCCGGCUUGUGUUUUGAUGCAGGUGAUUCGCGUGCCACCGAGAAUCCAGGCUUGAGUGUUCUGCACACUGUCAUGAUGCGCGAACACAAUCGGAUCGCUGGUCAGCUCCAAGCUCUCAACAGACAGUGGGAUGACGAGCGCCUCUUUAUGACGAGCCGUAAAAUUGUUGGCGCCAUCUGGCAGCACAUCGUCUACAACGAAUUCCUGCCGCGAGUGCUCGGCUGGAACGCCGUUAAUCUAUACGGGCUCAACCUUCUGACUGAAGGCUUUUACGAAGGAUACGAUGCCAACUGCAACGCUGGCAUUUUCAACGAAUUUUCAACGGCCGCCUAUCGUUUCGGUCACUCCCUCGUACGACCUUUCUUCCCCAGAGUUGAUGCCUCUUUCCAGGAGAAAACUCCAAUCCUUUUACGCGCUGGAUUCUUCAACUCUGAAAUGCUUAUGGAGGUGCAAGCCAUCGACGAAUUGGUCCGCGGUCUGAUCGUCUCGCCUAUGGAAAACUUGGAUCAGUUCGUGUCGGGCGAGAUCACCAAUCAUCUCUUUGAGACCAAAACGGUACCGUUCUCCGGAUUCGACCUGGCCGCUCUUAAUAUCCAACGCGGACGCGAUCACGGACUCCGGCCGUACAACGAAUAUCGCGCUGCUUGCAACUUGAAACGAGCCGCUACUUUUGAUGACCUUAGCCGAGAGAUGACGCCGCAAGUGAUUGAACGUCUCAAGCAAGUUUACGCUUCAGUUGAGGAUAUCGAUUUGUGGACGGGUGGUUUGGUGGAAACACCGCUCCAGGGCGGUUUGGUCGGACCCACUUUCGCCUGCGUCAUCGGCAAUCAAUUCCGAAGCUUAAGACGAUGCGAUCGUUUCUGGUACGAAAAUGGCAAUCAAGCCGGACGCUUCACCGAGGCUCAAUUGGCUGAGAUUCGCAAAGUGGCCCUGGCCCGUCUUCUGUGCGAAAAUUCCGACACAAUCGGUGAAGUGACGCGCUCCGUCUUUGACCUACCGCAUAAUUUCCUCAACCCACGCGUGCCUUGUCGCUCCUUGCCACCGCUGGAUAUGACCCCUUGGCGUGAGCAGGAAAGUGCCAACUGCGUCGUUCUAGGGAAAACGAUCGCCCUGGGAGCGUCUUCACUCGUUUCUCCUUGCACAUCUUGUACCUGCACAGCUGAAGGACCGCAAUGUCAAUCUCUGCGAGUCAAUUGCCAGCAGCUGCUCACCGAUGUGGGCCGUGAUGCCAUUCUGGCUGACAGUGUCUGCCGGGUCCAAUGUGCCUUCCUCGUCAAUCCCGCGCCGGCCGGGCCAGCGCCCGCACCGCCUGCACCGCCCGCCCCUGCCCCACCACGACCCCCUCAACAGCCACCGCCGCCACGUCAACCGCAGCGCGGCGCUCGUUUACUGCCCAAUUUGUUGAAUCUCUUUGGUUGAUUUCUGCCAUUUCUUCGUCUUCACCUUCUCCCUCUCAAAUUCUCUCCAUCCAAUUCUAGAUUCACAUAUAUAUAAUAGUACAGUAUAAUAUUUUUGGAUGAUUAAAUUGUAUUCCAGAACAAUGAGUCGUAGUGGCCAAUUGCCCGGCCAGGCGAUACGUUUCGCAUAUCGGAAGUUGUAUUGUGUCCAUUUCGCAGAUGUUUUUGUAAUGAGCAAGGCAGUCGUAUUUGGAACAAAAAGAAAAAGAAACAAAAAUUUAAUCGACUAUGCAGUUUGAACGAUAUGAAAUGUACAAUUGUGUCGAUCAAAACUCGUGGAAUAGCAAUCCCCCUCUCCCGUUUGGGUAUUUGUAAUUGUCUCCGCCUUGAGACAAAAAAAAAAAAAGAAAUUACGUGAGGUGGCUGUGAACGCGCUGAACUUUGUGAUAAUCAAGUUUCUUCCCUUAAAUGUGACGCGUUAAUUCCUUAUAUAUUUUUUUGUUUCAUCCUUUCGUGCUAAAUUUUCUUUCUCCGUCCGCCUUUUUUUUCCAUACCAUGUUCUUAAUUUUUUUCUUUUUUUGUUUGUUUUCAUUUUAUUUCCAGACGCUGGCGGUCACGUGAGUGUUUUCGUACGUGAUGGCUGUAUAUUUUUUUUUUUACUGAGCUGAUUAGAUUACGGCAAAUACAUGAAAUUGCAAUGAA